CAACAUGGCCUCAUCGGUCAGAAGGCUUGGUUGAGAUGAUUUGUGUGUUGUAUUUUAUUCUGAAAAUAAUAGGAAGCACUUCUGUGCAAAUGAGAGCUGCUGUCUCCGACAGUGCAUGAACGCAGCACAUGGUCAGACAGCGCGGAGGCUGAGCUGAGCAUCGACACCAGCAUCAGGGUGAGGAUGAGGAUGAGGGUGAGGUUCGAUUACAGCCAACAACUGGUCAGCGUCUCCGCCUCUGCAGCAGCAGCAGCAGCAGCAGCAUCCGCGUGAGUGACAGACCCUCUGAACUCUUCCUGAGCAGAAAAGCAGAGGAGAAGAAGAGAAAGGAUGGACUCCAUCUCUAUGAUGAGUGGUAGCAGAAGCCACGUGUCCCUGACAGCCUCCUCUUCCUGCUUCUCCUCCUCCUCCCACCACCCCUUCCACCACACCCAGGCCUGUUUUCUGCCCAGCUGCAUGAGGAAUGGAGUUGCAGACACAGGUGCUGCAUGUCUGGCUGCCCAGCCCACAGUGGCCAUCCUGGGCUCAGGUGACUUCUCCAAGUGCCUGACCAUCCGCCUGCUGCGUCAUGGUUUCCAUGUGGUGGUGGGCAGUCGCCAUCCCAAACAGGCAGCCCAGUCGUUUCCCCAUGUGGUGGAUGUGACACAUCAUGAAGACGCUGUGGGGAAGGCAGCUAUUGUGUUCCUGGCAAUCCGCCGGGAGCACUACUCUGUCCUGUGGGACCUCAAACAUCUCCUGGAAGGAAAGAUCUUGGUGGAUGUGAGUAACAACAGGAGGCUGAACCAGUAUCCAGAGUCCAAUGCUGAAUAUCUUGCUUCACUGCUGCCAGACUCCAUCGUGGUCAAAGGCUUCAAUGUCAUCUCAGCCUGGGCCAUUCAGCAGAGCUGCCCCAAAGAUGCCAGCGCACAGGUGUUCGUCUGCAGUGACUCGCUGGAGGCCCGGCAGCAGAUUAUGGAGUUAGCACGUCAGCUGAACUUCCUGCCGGUGGACAUGGGCACCCUGUCCUCUUCACGGGACAUUGAGAACUUGCCCAUACAGUUAUUUUCCAGCUGGAGGGGCCCUGUCCUCGCUGCCGUGGCCCUCUCCAUCUUCUUUUUCGCGUAUUCUUUUGUGCGCGAUGUCAUUCACCCAUAUUUGAAAUACAAGAAGAGUGACUUCUACAAGAUCCCCAUAGAGAUGGUGAACCGGACUCUGCCCACUGUUGCUAUCACUCUUUUGGCCCUGGUGUACCUGGCAGGCCAGCUGGCAGCUGCCCACCAGCUCUAUUAUGGAACAAAGUACAGGCAGUUCCCACGUUGGCUGGAGGGCUGGCUGCAGAGCCGGAAACAGAUGGGCCUCCUCAGCUUCUUCCUGGCUGCUGUGCACGUCCUCUACAGCCUCUGUCUGCCCAUGAGGAGGUCUGAGAGGUACCUGCUGCUCAACAGUGCCUACCAGCAGGUCCACGCUAACGUGGAGAACGCCUGGAAUGAGGAGGAGGUGUGGAGGGUGGAGAUGUACAUUUCCUUUGGGAUCAUGAGUCUGGGGCUUCUGUCGCUGCUCGCCAUCACCUCCAUUCCUUCUGUCCACAGCCAACUCAACUGGAGGGAGUUCAGCUUUAUACAGUCCACUCUGGGCUACAUCGCUCUGCUCAUUGCCACCCUCCACGGCCUGCUGUUUGGAUGGAAGCGGGCCUUUGAGGAGGAGUCGUACCGCUUCUACCUGCCGCCCACCUUCGUGGUGGCGCUGGCCCUGCCCGUGUGUGUCAUCCUGGGGAAGGUGGUGAUGCUGCUUCCAUGCAUCGCCCAAAAGCUCCACCGGAUCCGCCGAGGCAUGGACAGCCGUCAGUACCAGUGCCGGCGCCUGGAGCCGGUCGGCUCGGCUGCCCACGUUUCACCCGAGAGAGUCACCAUCAUGUGAUCGAUCCGUUCCGUCACUGGGAUUAUCACACAUACUGCCAUGUGCCAUGCUGUUUUACUGAAGCAGAUAAACUAUGCUGUAUUAGGGAUUCUCACUUUGUGAAAAUGAUUCUUAUUUUGUUAUUGUGAAUAGGAAUAAAAGAUAUGAAAUGUUCAUAUCAGGAUUUUUCUCACAUUUUAAUCCUGAUAUGCUUUAAACUCAUAAUAUCUCUCUAAAACAUUUAGCUAAGAAGAAAUAGUUUAUUUUUUUGAUUCAUAAAUGAAAUCACAUGGAUCAUUCUGUCCAUACGCUCCUUCAUUUAGUUCAUAUCAGGAAAAGCUUUCAGAAUUUCUCCACAUCUCAGAGUUUACAGAUGCAGAGGAAACAGAUGAGCUCAUUAUUACUGAUACUGACCAUAACCUUUGAUUCCAAAACAAUGUUACACACUUUUGUUACAAUUUUGUAAAAACAAGUCAUGUUUUUUUUAGCUGCUAUAGCUAAUAACCAUAACAUGUGAUUAUCCUCAUCCUCAAUCAUUUAGAUUCAUCAUAGUAUUGUGAUUAUUGUAAAAAUCUUUUAAGAUCAUCAGAUGCAGAACUGUGGAAUAAUAAAUCAUUAGGUCUUAAUGUUGUUGAGCUGCUAAACAUCGGGAUUAUCUCAAUAAUGAAAAUUCCCCACAGUUAACUUAUUGUGUGUUUUAUCGUGAUGUGCGAUAAAAUCAACUAAUGUGUCAUCUCCAUUGUUAACAGUGUUUGUUGUAGUAACUACAGACUCUUCUAUGCUACAUUUGAUCAUUACUUCCUUCCUGUAAUUGUAUCGGGAAGUUCAGAAAUGAAGAGAUCUCAGUUCAUUUGUGGGGAAGAUCUAUGUCUCUUCCAUUGAUGUUGGAUUUUGCUGUUUGAUGACGUCAGUGCUCGACACACGUGUACAGGCUACAUAUCUGAUCACAAGUCUGAUUUGAAUAUCUGAUUUCUGUGUCCACACAGUGACUUCAGCCUGGUGAUGUGAAUGUAGUUGUGGGAGAGAGAACUGACUGCAGUAACAUACGACAGAAUCCUUGUCAUGGAUCAUGGGAAUAGUUGAAUGUUGAUCUUCAAACCAUGAUACCAUCAGUAUCAGUACAGCAUUACAUCUCUCAGUGUACAUGGCAGAGACAGUGGUCACAGAUGGAGUGUUGUAGUCAUGUUCAGUUGAACUCUUUUUAAUCUAACAGCUCAUAGUAAAGUCAAACUGAAUUGUCCCACAGUAACAAAUGAUUCAUUUAUCAGGUUGGAGCACAUUACUGUCUUCUGUCUACUGUCCUCACGUUCUGCUCAUCCUUGUUGUCAUUUGUGUGACAUGUUCUUGUCCUGAUGUAUGUGUUGAUUGAGAAGUGUGUGUGUGUGUGUGUGUGUGUGUGUGUGUGUGUGUAAACUGCGGGGUAUAACACUGAUGUCAAUCUCUUCUCUCUGCUGGAAUAAUAAUACGUAAACAACUAGAGUGCGCUGAUGCUAACUACAGUUGGAAGAUGAUUCACUCUUUAUUAAUGUCACCAGUAAAAGUACUUUGCUGACUUUGCUUCCUGGAAGGGAUGGUUCAGGUUUUUCUGAAGUGUGGUUGUAGUUAUACAUAGUCAGGGCUGUGGUUCCCAUUCCAGAACCUGGCACGCUUACUCUCACCCAAAACAUGGCUGCCAGCAGGGACGAAAGGAAAAACAGAUUUUAGUCUUAGCUAUUUUAAGAAUAUGUCUGCUGCUGUCUUUUAUAUGAGAAUAUAAGUUUGUAAAGUACUCACUCCCUGCACCAAAGUCCAUAGAGAAAUUCUGUUGGCCCACUGCUGCUCCCAUUAGUCAUUUCAAAUGUGUUAUUUUGUGACGUAAGUGAUUAAAUCCAUCAAUUAGAUUUACCACGAGUGACAAACAUGCUGAUUUUCUCUAUGGGCUUUGGUGUGGGAGAGUGAGCAGUUUCCAGAUUUAAAAAACUGUCUAAGUUGGAGGUCUUAACACAUUUGGACUUAAGCAGCGUAGAUGUUCUCAGGUCUUUCAUUGGGAGGAUAAAAUAGUUUCCGUGGCACCCAGGAUUUCAGUGAGAGCAAGCGUCUUAUUUUGUCAUGUAUUUGAACCUCAAACAACACUUUGAAAAACCUGAACUCUUCAUUUUUAACAGUUUUUUUCCCGUCUUGCAUCAACAAAUAAAAGUAAAUGUUGGAGCUG